AUGGCCCAGAAGAUCGCCCAGGCGGAGAAGGAGGAUCGCGUGUGGUGGUCCUUUGAGUACUUUCCCCCGCGGACGGCGCAGGGUCUCCAAAAUUUGCUCGACCGUAUAGAGCGCAUGCGAGCGCUCGGUCCGGAGUUCAUAGACAUUACAUGGAACGCUGGCGGCCGGACGUCCGACCUCACCUCCGAGCUCGUCAAGACAUGCCAGAAGCUCAUCGGCGUCGAGACGUGCAUGCACCUGACCUGCACGAACAUGCCCAAGGAGAAGGUGGACAUCGCGCUCAAGGACGCGAAGGCACACGGCUGCCGCAACAUCCUCGCGCUGCGGGGCGACCCGCCGAUGGGCAAGGACGAGUGGGAGGCGGUCGAGGGCGGCUUCGUGCACGGGAUCGACCUCAUCCGGCACAUCCGCACGCACUACGGCGACUACUUCGACGUCGCCGUCGCGGGCUUCCCGCAGCACGUCCAGCUCCCGCCCGCGGAGCUCGCGCUCGAGCUGCAGUAUCUCAAGGAGAAGGCGGACGCGGGCGCGCAGCUCAUCUUCACGCAGAUGUUCUACGACGUCGACCUCUUCAUCGCGUGGGUCCGCGCCGUGCGCGCGGCGGGGAUCACGAUCCCGAUCGUCCCCGGCAUCGCGCCGAUACAGACGUGGAACGGGUUCAUCAAGAGCACGAGCCUGUCGCGGACGGAGAUCCCGAGGGCCCUGCUGGACGCGCUGGAGCCGUACAAGAACAACGACGAGAAGGUGCGGGAGAUCGGCACGAAGCUCGUCGCGGAGAUGUGCAGGCGGAUUCUCGCUGAGCCACUUGGCAUCAGGGGCUUGCACUUCUACACGAUGAACUUGGAGAGGGGCACGCGCAUGCUGCUCGAGGAGCUCAGCCUCGUUCCGCGUGUCCAGACCGUCAAGCCGCUGCCUUGGAGACAGUCGCUCACUCCGAACAGACGCACGGAGACCAUCCGACCCAUCUUCUGGGCGAACCGCACAAAGUCCUACUUGUCCCGCACCGAGAACUGGGACGAGUACCCGAACGGCCGGUUCGGAGACUCCCGCAGUCCAGCUUACGGCGAGCUGGACGGCUAUGGUAUCUGGAUAAAGCAGACGAAAGAGGAGGCGCUUCAGCUGUGGGACCACCCGGCGACCGUCUCGGACCUGGGCAACCUUUUUGCCAAGUUCUGUGCGGGACAACUCGCAGCGCUGCCGUGGUCGGACCAGGCGCCGUCGUCCGAGACGAGCGUCAUCGCGCUGCAGCUCGCGAAGUUGAACGAGAUGGGCUUCCUCACGAUCAACUCGCAGCCCGCGGUGGAUGGCGCGCGGAGCGACGACCGCAUACACGGGUGGGGGCCGUCGAACGGGUAUGUCUACCAGAAGGCGUACCUGGAGUUCUUCGUGUCGCCUGAGCUGCUGGACGCGCUCCUGCCGUACAUCGAGCGCGACGUGAACAUCACGUACUACGUGAUCAACAAGCGCGGGGACCUGCGGACGAACACGCACUCGGAUGGCCCGAACGCCGUGACGUGGGGCGUCUUCCCGAACAAGGAGAUCGUCCAGCCGACGAUCGUCGAGGCGAUCAGCUUCAUGGCGUGGAAGGACGAGGCCUACGAGCUCGGCCGGCAGUGGGCGAAGUACUACGAGGCCGGCUCGCCGACGCGGGCGCUGAUCGACAGCGUCAUGGACACGUACUACCUCGUGAACGUCGUGCACAACGACUACAAGCGGCCCGAGGCGAUCUUCGAGCCGUUCUUCAAGGCGGGCGCCGAGUCUGCGGCGGCGGCGCCUGUCCUCAACGGACACUGAUCCCCGCCCACCUCUCCACCUGUCAUUACCCUCUGCCUCUCCCGCCCCGACCCCCGCCGACGACGUGACGACGACGACCACACCUAGGUUGGACUGCCUAUUGUUUCCAGCACCAUCCACCGGGUUCAACCCCCGCUCCUUCUGAAGACUGACGCUGCAUUGCAUCUAUAUCCCGGCAUCUACUCCACGACGACCCCCGCAUGUACCCAUCGCAUUGCUUUCCUUGCAUCAACUGCAUUUUCUGACGUUGUUGUCCCCGGGCCCGAGGGACAUUGCAUCCAACUGCAUUACUUAUGUAUCAUAGACGAACUGAACCGUGUCGACAGACUGUUGAACAUUAACUUUAAUGGGAGAUGCGCGGCCUGUCUUUUCAACGGCACACUGGAUGGAGUAU